UCGGCUGUAUAUUGGCAACCAAUAGCAAUGGAAAAUUGGCGACCCCUAGAAGCGGAUCAUCAGAAAAUAAUAACACUCUAUGAGCAGUCUGAUGAGGAACAAGCCCAAAGUUCCGAUGCUCGAGGGUACUUUGAGUCUUCGGAUGGCAAACUAAUGCCCCCAGCUGUAUACAUUUUCAACCACGAGAAUUUUCCCACUGAGACCCGAAAAGGAAGCUCAAAGGAUGUUGAAGCCUUGAGAAAAACCUUUGAGAAGCUGAAGUGCCCAAUUGAGGUAGUCCAGAACCCCACAUUUUUUAUGGUUAAGGAUACAGUCACAAAAUUAACUCGGAAAUGUUUCUACCAUUUGUCGGCUUUGGUCAUAGUUAUAUUGAGCCAUGGCAACCGCAAAGAAAAGAUCCUUGCGUGCGACGAUAAAGAGUACGACUUGGACGAUGAUAUUUUAUUUCCUCUCUACGAAAAUGAAACCCUAGCAGAUAAACCCAAGAUCCUAAUAGUCCAGGCGUGCAAAGGGAAUUGGAAGGCAGAUGGUAAUACCAAAAGAAAUCCCUCAUCCUAUAUCAAGUGCUACAGCACCACCGAAGGGUUCCAGAGCUAUCGCAAUGAGACAAAAGGAUCGAUUUUCAUACAAACCCUGUGCAAUGCGAUGGAUCAAGAUGGACCUACCAAGGACUUCCUCUCAAUCAUUGAGGAUGUAAACGUGAAGGUCGAGGUCCAAUCUAAAUCAAUUGGAUGGAAGCAAAAACCAUCAGUUAACUCAAAUCUUACAGAACGAUUCUGUUUUGGAGAUUUUGUGCAAAACGGAUGAUCAGCAGAAGCCUUCAUAAAAGCAAUAUUCGUAUUUAACAAGUUAACUGGUUAGCACUUGAUAAAAAGUUUG